AUGGCCAACACCCCUGUUCCGUCUGCGCUGCGUACCGCCGAGGCCUCAGCCUCAAACGGCUCCAUCGUCACCACCGAGUCCGGGCAGUCGCCCUUGAGCCUCCCGUCAGGCACCCUGCGCCUGCGCGCCGAGCCCGUGCAGCGCCGCCACAUCCAAUGGGCCGAGGACGUCGUUGACAACGAGGGAAUGGGCAAGAAGUCGUCGAAAGUGUGCUGCAUCUACCACAAGCAACGCGAGUUCGGCGAAUCCUCCGACGAGUCCUCGUCCGAUGACUCCUCUUCCGAUGAGGACUCGGACAGCGAGCCCGACAACAGCUCCGCGCGCCCCACCAACAGCCGCGGUCGCGCCCACAACCACCGUGGCAAUGGCGGGAAUGGCCCGAAGAAGGCACGGAAGAGGAGCCCCAACGCUUACGAGAAGAUGCCCAACUACAACAAGAACAAGAGCGGGGACGACAAAUAG